AUGGGCCGCAAGCCCAAUCCCCUCAUCCUCGAGUACUUCGUCCGUGGACCUAAGCUCAACGACAACAGUAAUCGAUAUCCGCAUACGUGCAAACAAUGCGGUGAGAAUUUUCCAAAGGGAAGGAUCGAUAGCUUGACAACACACAUCACCAAGAAAUGUCCCGCCAUCUCCGAGUCAGAUCGUAUGCGAGCAUGCCUCGAACUUCAUGGCAUCACCAAUGCACGAGCACCUGUCGAUCGACCGCCUCCUGAAGCGCAGCCGAACGGACAGCCAGUCGAUGCCCCCAACCUCCCCCAAGGGUGGAGCGCCCUCGAGACACUCGCCGAAGCCUCACGACAGGUUGAUUUGAAUGAGAACAAUCGUGCUCAGAGCGUACAGGCAGGCGUGGCUGACCCCGCUGACCCCGCCAACGCCCAGCAUGUUCCAGAACGCUUCGAGCUUCAAGAGCAAUUCACUCUAGAUAACCCUCCUGUGAGCUACGAGAACCGGUCGCAGCAGGGUAACAGAGGUAAUGGCCCCUUAGAGCCUGACUUGCAAGGUGCGCUUCUCACAACAGAUGUGUUAGGUGCAAUCCAGCAACCACUCCCAGGAACCGAGUUAUCACCCGAGGAACGACUUCAAGCAUUGCUUCCUAAUAGCGUUGCUUCCCCAGACGUCUCGAACAUUUCGGUCGCCGUUGCUGCUACAGCUAGGUUAAACCCGUCGCUUCUUGACCCCCAGCUCGUUCACGAGACUGGUACCUUGACUACACCGCCGUCCAUGGACAUUCCGACCCCGACAGAAGCCUCUCCCAGUGCCGUAACAGCUCCCGACAGUGGAAUUUCGCAACCGUGGGGCGAAAUGACAUACUUGGCGACUGCCUCGCCUGUUCCUUUACUUCACGAACAUCCACCGACACCUAUCCAGAUGAGCAGGGGUGGUGUUCGGAUGGACACAAGCGAUGGUCAACUCAAUGGCAGACCUCGACACGCGCGAUCCCGCUUUACUGCUGCGCGACGAAAGGAGGUGCAAGAAGUUCGGAAAAUAGGAACACCAUGUGACACGUGCAGGAAGGUUCUCGCACCGAGGGUUUGGAGGACUGGUUGUGUGCGAACGAGGCUCCAGGAGCAGCUUGAUUUGUACUCGGCGGGUGUGCAGGUUGUCCUGUCCCAAAAUCGCAUCAACCUCUUGAAGAACCAGCUAAAUAUGACCCAUGAUGGUACCAUGAUAGAGGUUUCGCACUUUCCUGAAACUGGCAAAGUCAUACUCCUCGAAGCUUUGGUUGCACUGCUAGAGCCUAGUGAGUCGCUAGCAGAAUCCAGAGGCAGCAAGGAUUCAUUCUUUCAGGUUAUUAUGAUCGAUCAGGACAAGGAAGAUGUUCCUGGUAAGGUUGAGGCCUAUAUGCGUGAUGUCUUUCAGCUUUUUAUCGACCGAGAGCCCUCCAAGUUCAUGCGUGUCACUCUGGGUCUUGCUCUUCAGCAAUUGCAAGAGUCAGAGGAUGAUCUACUUCGAAAGUCCUUGGAGCUAUGGGGUUUGGUGGAGAGCAUCGAUCGCGAGAGGCAGUGGAACGUUAUUGAAAGACCAGCCGAUAAGAACGAAGAGCCCAGGCGCAUCCAAGAAGCCAAAAGCGAGAACGAUGCUGACAUCUAUACAACCCUUUGCAUGCAGCUGAACGCGGCAGCUGAGAGAAAGGCCAACAACACUUCAAAGGCACUGCUCAGCGGAAUGCAUCGCGUCCUUCAGGACAGCAAGGUCAAGGUGAACUUCAAGAUGUAUCUGACGGCUGUCAUCUUCCUCAACUGUCUUGAGAAAUCGACUUGGGCUUUUAAGGCUUGGGAGCAAGAUCAUCUACGCCCUGGUUGGCCCCUAGAACGAGACCCGGGUGUCUUCACACAGCAGGGUGGUAAUUUAGCAGGGCUGCUGAAGAUGCUUCUGGCGAUCCGCAAAGCCCUGCCACAAACACUUCGCAGUGAAACAGGCAAGUUGAUCACCUCGGAGCAAGACCCUGUUAUAGGAACUUACUUCCAAAGCAUCGAUUUGGACUACGAUACAAUCCUAGCCCGCCAAGAUGGUUCUCCCUUCUCCCCAGCAGAUUCUCGAUCCCUCGAGAUGAUUCUCUGCUCUCACCUUCUCAUUACGAACACUCCUUGA